UCGUGAAGGCUGACGUUACUUUAGCAUUACGCUGCUCUGAACCUAUGCUUUGAACGUUGUGCCAGCCAUGUAUCGGUUUUGUGCAUUAGCGUUACUUCUUUUAUCAUUUCUAUUUGAAUCAGCAAUUUCAAUUUCUUUUCAUUUACCAGUUAAUUCGCGAAAAUGUUUGCGGGAAGAAAUCCACAAAGACGUACUCGUUACUGGAGAAUACGACGUUGGUGAGCAGCCUAAUACGAAGACCAAUCUUAAGAUUACAGACUCUUCAGGCCACAUCUUGUACCUAAAAGAAGAUGCUUCGAAGGGGAAGUUUGCCUUCACCACAGAGGAUUAUGACAUGUUUGAAGUCUGCUUUGAGAGCAAGUUUCCAAUGGGAACUGGGCGAGUUCCCGACCAGCUGGUCAAUUUGGACAUGAAGCAUGGUGUGGAGGCCAAGAACUAUGAGGAGAUCGCAAAGGUGGAAAAGCUGAAGCCCCUGGAGGUGGAGCUGCGACGGUUGGAAGAUCUUUCUGAGUCCAUUGUCAACGAUUUCGCCUACAUGAAGAAGCGCGAGGAGGAGAUGAGGGACACCAAUGAGUCGACCAACACCCGUGUCCUGUACUUCAGCAUCUUCUCCAUGUGCUGUCUGAUUGGACUGGCCACCUGGCAAGUCUUCUACCUACGCCGCUUCUUCAAGGCAAAGAAGCUCAUUGAGUAAGACUGCGAGCCUGGGCCGGGGAAUGCACUGGGCUUACUGCCUGGUUCUUGCACCACCACCACAUUCAACUGUUGGGUGAAGAGGGGUCCAGUUCAAGUUCUUUUUUUUUUGUUGGAUUUUCUAAGGUUACACUUGCCGUUUCAAAGGUUACACUUUUACCACUGAAGUACUCUUCUUCUUUUUUUCCCUUCUGUCUAGUCUAUCUCAAAAAUGAUGGGUGUCUCAGUUUAGUUUUAUGGUGUUUUUUUGUAAAUAGACUUUCUAAGGGAGAUGUUUUUGUUCUCCUUUCCCCCCUACACUGUAUAAGAAAGCAGUUGUGCUUGAGGAUACAUGAAAACCUGUAAUAAAGCUUGGAAUGUUGUGGAAUCUAAGAAUGAUGAGGUACAUGGGUCUGUAAGAUUUUCUUUCGAAUUGUGUAAAUCUGUCGAUUCCAUUUUUGUGUAAAUGCAACCUUUUGUCUUUUUCGCUGUAUUAAUAACAGACCUUGAAUAUAUCAGUUAAAAUGGUUGGCAUUUAUAUAGCGCCUUUUAUCCAAAGUUAAGAAAGUGCUGUACACAUACUUAGCAGUAUUGGGGGUUUGAAUCAAGAACAUUCUGAUGUGAAGCAAUGUGGAGAACUGCUUAAAUUCAGAGUUAUUUCAUACUAAUUUAUUUAACAAAUCAGUUAUAUGGUAAGCCUGAAGUGAUUCACAAGGCCAUAGAGAUUUUUUCCAAUCAUUCAAUCCCUCAAAAAACACACUUUCUAGCAGCAGUUAUAUUGUGUGUUCGUGAAUCCUUUGUUUUAAACAUGCUGUGGUGGAGUUACAUUUAAUUGAUUUUGCCCAUUUUUACUAGUUGAUGUCAGAGGGUUUUUUUUUUUUUUUUAAAAGCUUGCUCAGUUUAAUGUUCAUAAUGCGUAAAAGCUUUUUUUAAUCUGGAAUUUCAAUAAAAAGGGCUUUGUGAUA